AAGCAGGCCUGGCUUCGAAUUUUGAUAGAAAAUGACUAAAAUAGCCAGUUUUCAUUACAAUUUACACUCAUGCAAAGUUGUUAGAGACUAUUUGCUAUUGUGUUUGCAAGCUGCUACAAAGGGAAAAGCAAGGCAAAUCAGUGGAUGUGUAACAUUAAUCUCGUAUUGGAUAUCCGAGAAGAGUACUAUGCUUGUUGAAAUUAAAGGCAGAGAAUCAAUGACUCCAGGGUGUGUCAAGUGGAGUCUCCCUCAAUUCACAAAAGAAUUGCAGAAAAUGCAAGUUGAUGAAAUAGAGAUUGAUAAUGCAGUUGCUGACAACAAUAGAAGCAAACAUGGCAAGGAAAACAGCGACGAUGACUUUGAGAACCCUCCAUCAAAGCAUGCUGCUACUACACAGGCAAAGGGGCAGAAAAGACAAAGAGAAGAAAAGAAGGCUACAAUAGCUGCCAAAAAACCAGCCAAAAAGAGGGUGGCAGAAAAGAGAGCAAAAAGUAAAGAAAAUAAGAUCUCGAAUGAGGAUGCUACUACAUCAGCUGAAAAGGAAAAGUGUAGAAAUGAAGAAAAGACAGCUGAUAAUUAAUCAAAAGGUUUCGAAGAUGAACAUGAAGACAUGACAUUAAGAGAUUGGGUGGAUAUGAACAGCAUGAAUUUUGCGAAAAAGAUUGACGAGAAUAAAGGAGAGGAAGUGAUGCAAACAAAAGCAACAAGUGGAGUAAAUGUCAAUGAUAUGGAUUUGGGUGCAACUGAGGAAGAAGCGGAUGCUGUGGAUGGUAUUAGAGAUGACUUUAGCUUUGACACUGGAUUGGGGGGGGGGGGCAGAAAAAUGAAACAAACUUUGUCGAUCAGGAUCGGGAUGGAACUGAAGGAGGAGAACCGGAUCAAAUGGAACGGAACAAAAAAAACUGCUACUGAGGCCGAUGCAAAUUUUACGGAUCAAACCCUGAAAAAUAUUAUAGAAGAGAUUGUGAAUAAAGCUGCAAGGAACGAAAAAGCUGCUACUGUAGCCGAUGAAGCUGCAAGGAACGACAAAGCUGCUACUGAGGCUGGUGCAAAUAUUACGAAUCAAAUCUUGAACAACAUUGUAGAAGAGAUUGUGACUAAAGAGUACAAGAGCAGGAAUGAUCCGGUUUGGUUCGAUGAAUGGGAAGACUUGUUGCAGAGUGAGUAUGACGAAUUUGGCUAUCCAAGCACUGAUGAAGAACAGAUCAACAUAGUGGAGCAUUGGCAAGAUGUAGCAAUGUUGAAACAAGAUAUGGCGGGAAGUGAUAUCGAGAGCUGCAAGAGGAAGCAAGCUUAUAUAGAGAGAUUGUGGGAUGAAAAAGAAGAAGUGUCAAAAAAAUACAAAAAGUUGAAGAUAAAGAUGAAGAAGAUACAAAAAGUUGAAGAUAAAGAUGAAGAAGAAGCAAAAGAGAUUAGAAAAUGGAGAAACAAAUGCAAACAACUAAUGAUGAUAGUGCAAAGGAUAGAAAAAGAUGAAGAGGCCAAUGAAGAUGCUGCUGCUGCUCCUCCUGUUGUUCCUGCUCAUGCUACUGCUCCUACAAAUGAACCUAGGACACGAUCAGCGAUAAAGAGAAUCAAAGAAAGAACCGAUCGGAAAGAGAAACAACUAGAAGGUUUUGAGGUGCAGAAACCAUCGAAGAAACAGAGGAAGAAGAGCAAUUAAAGGACUUCACAAACAUAUUAGUAGUCUAUUUUAGUAUAUAUUUUCAUGUGCAGAAAAUAGGGAUAUGUUUGUAGAUUUGCUAUUGCCUAUCAUUUUUUGAUCUUUCAACAAGCAGGAUGGGAAGGGGAUCAAAAUCUUGAAUUGCAACGUUGCUUAAAAGGUUGAAAUUGAUUCAA